CUGGGCGCUCCUUGAUGGAAUUGCGGUGAAUGGAACAGAAGCCCAGCACCCUGGACCCGCUGUCGGAGCCAGAGGACACCCGGUGGCUGGAUGGCAAGCGCAAAAGAAAGAGCAGCCAAUGUUUGGUGAAGAGCAGCAUGUCAGGGUACAUCCCUAGUUACCUGGACAAAGAUGAACAGUGCGUGGUGUGCGGGGACAAAGCCACCGGCUACCACUACCGCUGCAUCACCUGCGAGGGCUGCAAGGGCUUUUUCCGGCGGACCAUCCAGAAGAACCUGCACCCCACCUACUCGUGCAAGUACGAUGGGUGCUGCGUCAUCGACAAGAUCACCCGCAACCAGUGCCAGCUGUGCCGCUUCAAGAAGUGCAUCUCCGUGGGCAUGGCCAUGGACCUGGUGCUGGACGACUCGAAGCGGGUAGCGAAGAGGAAGCUGAUCGAGGAGAACCGGGAGCGGCGGCGCAAGGAGGAGAUGAUCAAGUCGCUGCAGCACCGCCCCAGCCCCAGCGCCGAGGAGUGGGAGCUGAUCCACGUGGUGACGGAGGCGCACCGCAGCACCAACGCCCAGGGCAGCCACUGGAAGCAGAAGCGGAAAUUCCUGCCUGAGGACAUCGGCCAGUCGCCCAUGGCCUCCAUGCCCGACGGGGACAAAGUCGACCUGGAGGCGUUCAGCGAGUUUACAAAAAUCAUCACCCCGGCCAUCACCCGCGUGGUCGACUUUGCCAAAAAACUGCCCAUGUUUUCGGAGCUGCCUUGCGAAGACCAGAUCAUCCUGCUGAAGGGGUGCUGCAUGGAGAUCAUGUCGCUGCGGGCGGCCGUGCGCUACGACCCCGAGAGCGAGACGCUGACGCUGAGCGGGGAGAUGGCCGUCAAGCGCGAGCAGCUCAAGAACGGCGGCCUCGGCGUCGUCUCCGACGCCAUCUUCGACCUGGGCAAGUCCCUCUCUGCCUUCAACCUGGACGACACCGAGGUGGCCCUGCUCCAGGCCGUGCUGCUCAUGUCCUCAGACCGGACGGGGCUGAUCUGCGUGGACAAGAUCGAGAAGUGCCAGGAGACGUACCUGCUGGCGUUCGAGCACUACAUCAACUACCGCAAACACAACAUUCCCCACUUCUGGCCCAAGCUGCUGAUGAAGGUGACGGAUCUGCGCAUGAUCGGCGCCUGCCACGCCAGCCGCUUCCUGCACAUGAAGGUGGAGUGCCCCACCGAGCUCUUCCCCCCCCUCUUCCUCGAGGUCUUCGAGGACCAGGAGGUGUAG